AUGCCUUUCCUUGCGGAGGAUUCCUGGAUCAAUGCCCAGGCAAGCACCUAUGACAUUGCCGAGCUCGAAGAUUGCGCCAUUGCCGUCGAUGCCUCCUAUUAUUUGAGUCUUCUUCUGGAUACCGAUCCGUCCCGCGAGCCCCUGCUCCCGGCACUUGGCGGUUUGACCGGCAUUCAGAUCCAUAUCCGGCAGAAUCUUGAUCUCUGGGACAAGCAUGGAAUUGUCCCCUUUUUCAUCUUUGAUGGCCAGUCCAUCAUUGGCCAAGAUGAUAUUACUCUUAAGCGGGGCCGGGCUGCGAACCAGAAGACGGACGAGGCAUGGGAUCUCUACUCGCAGACUGAAGCCGAGCAAGCUGUCGCUGCCUUUGGAGCUAACCAAGGUUCGCUACCCUCAAUGCCCCCUUGCGCCGCACGACCAAAUCUGACCAUGAUGAAGCUUGCCUACUUUGAGAUGAUCAACUCGGAACAAUGCUCUGGUGUCAUGGGCCCCCAAGAACUGCUGCUGUACCCCAUUCAGGAUUCCAUCAUUCGAAACAUGGACUGGGCCGCUGGAACAGUGACCGCCAUCUCAAAGAAGAGGGUCAUGCGCGCCCUCGGAGUUGGCGAGCCCAUGUUUGUCGACGCCAUGCUAAUGACGGGAACCUCGUUCCUCCCUCCGUUUCCCCCACUGCAAGACACAUCCAUGUAUCCGAACCCGUAUACCAUCAUGGAUGCCGUCAACAUCCUGCGGACGUCAGAGAAGACUGUAGCUAACGCCUGCGCAUCAUUCAACGAUAUCUUGCAGGCUCAUGAUCCUAACUGGCUGGACAAGUACCGCAAGGCCAGAAUGGCAGCCCAUCAUUUCAUCUACAUCUCCGAGAGCGGCGAAGUCAAGGUCAAUGAUUUUGAAAGGCUCACAAAAGACAAUCACGAAUAUCUUGGCCUGCAGAUGCCCGCAGAAUUGUUUCACUACCUCAACACGGGACUCAUCGGGCCUCGUAUCCUGAACGCUAUAACACACGGACAGAUUAUUGUCUUGCCAACCUUGGACGGUACUGCUUCGGACGAAUACAAGAAGCUGGUGACCAAUCAAAUCCUCCCGAUCAAAGAACAAGCGCUCGGUCUCGUUAUCCCCCGAGUUCACAGAGCAAUAGGUCACAAGGACAUCACCAUGAAGGUUUGGUUCGACCCGAAAUUCUCGUACACCUUGAAUCACCGUUCUGCUCAACCGCUACCUUCACAAUUGGUGGGGACCUGGGACGUCAAAGAGCAAGAUCUCCGUCGCUUCUUCCCUGCAGAUUUUGCUGGUCCGGUAUACUUGGAGGUGCUUGCGCUCGCAAACCAGGACUUUGUUGAGAAGACAAUUUCCAGAGAGAAGCCUAUCCGAGGUAUCGACAGCACUAAUAUGGUGGUGUCUGUCGCCAUCUGGCGCUUCCUCCAUCUCAGGGGAUAUGUUGAUGAUUCGCACAAGCUAACCAAGUGGGGAAAUGCUUUAGCGACCACUCUUAUUGCCAUCAAGGACACCAUGGAGGAUAGAGUGCCAUUUGUCGAAGAGGCUGCUUUGUUAGCGUUUGAGCUCUUGCGAUUCGGACUCUUGAGCGGCAAGUACCGUGAAGGUGCACCCGGCAUGCCGCGGAAGGGAACAGAUGACGAAAAGUCCAGCGUCAUCCUCAUUAGCCAGUGUGCUUCGUUGCUGAAGCUGAGGCAUAAAGUUUUUGGGUAUACCGGACCUCUAAACAAGAGCCUAUUGGGAUUCCGUGCACUGUCCACAACGGUACGCGAGGCCAAUCGCGACUUGAUUGAAGCGAUUGUUGCGUCCAUGUUCAUGUAUGGACAGUGUAAGCGCGAAAGGACUGACCAGCUCGAAAUCAGCCAAAAGCUACCUUUCUCGCAAGAGCCACAUAUCGGACUUGGCAUUGCUGUUCUGACCUUUUUGGACGAAGACGAAGUCGAAGAUGAUAAGGAGACACGAGCCGCUCGGCUAGAAGCAUUCCCAGCUGUUUUCGUUCCCCUAUCAGAGGCACUCCCAGAAGACUUCCGGACUGCCAUUGACUUUGUCAGUGCCCUCAACCAGGGCGUGCAGACGCUGAAUGACACCUCUCUCCCAGCCAAUGAGAAGUCUGCCUGGACAAAAGCUCAAGACUACAUCAACGCCCGACCAUUCUAA